CCGUUGAUAACACUACAAAUGGAUUACCUGUUGAAAGCGAUAUUUGUUCUAAUCCUUCUGAGCAUCCACUGCACCAAUGGAUAUGUUAAUGGCCGCCACGAGAUAGUCAGAAGGGAGGUGAACGUGACAGAGGUGGAUCGCGGAUUGAGUGGAGCACUAACCAUGUUUUUCCAGCCCCUUGCUGAUUUUGCUGCCAAGUUAAAGAUGGAGAUACCCAUGAUUACACACUUCCGCACCAAACAUUUUAACUAAUGUAUUGUUUUAAUUGUAAAAAAAGUGAUUUAAAAUGUUUUUAGCCUGUAUUAUUAAAAACGUUUAAAUCAG